AUCACAAGCGACGAUCGAUAACAAUGAGGCUAUUGGAUCUGUUCAUAACCUCGUCGAUACCAGUUGCGAAGAUUCUGAUGAUAACAGGAAUCGGAUUUUACUUGGCUAUGGAUCGAGUUAACAUUCUCAAUCAAGAUGCUAGAAAACAUCUCAACAACAUAGUCUUCUAUGUGUUUAGUCCUUCACUUGUUGCAAGCAGUUUGGCUUCUACUAUUACGUACGAAAGCAUGGUGAAAAUGUGGUUUAUGCCAAUCAAUGUGUUGUUAACAUUCAUCAUUGGUUCGUUUCUUGGUUGGAUUGUUAUCAAAAUCACUAAACCUCCUUCGCAUCUCCGUGGCAUCAUUGUUGGUUGUUGUGCUGCUGGGAAUUUGGGAAACAUGCCACUCAUCAUCAUCCCAGCUAUAUGUAAUGAAAAGGGAAGUCCUUUUGGAGAUUCUGAGACUUGUGAGAAAUAUGGACUUGGUUAUAUUGCACUCUCAAUGGCGAUUGGAGCCAUUUACAUAUGGACUUAUGUAUACAAUCUUAUGCGGAUGCUAGCAGACCCGGCUGGAGAAACCGCUAUAAACAGUACCUCAUCUACAAUGCCACUGAUUUCUCCCAAAGUUGAAGUUGGGGAACAGGUUGGGACAUGGAGCAAAGUCAAGCAAAUAGUGUGUUCUGCAGCAGAGAGAAUCAAUCUACGAACAAUAUUUGCUCCUUCAACUAUUGCAGCGCUUGUCGCACUUGCGGUUGGGUUAAAUCCUGUACUAAGGAAGCUACUAGUUGGCAACACAGCUCCACUCAGAGUGAUUGAGGACUCAGUAUCUUUAUUGGGGUAUUCUACAAAACAUAUUAAAAAUCUCACUCGUCUGUGA